UGGGCCCGCCGCCGCCCCCCUCGGCUCCUCGGCGGGACUCCGGGAGUUCUCGGCACCCCCUCCCCGCCCCAGCCCCCCAGGGCAGCGGGGCCGGGGGGGACCCGGGGGGCCGGCCGCUGCCUCCGCCCAGAGGAAACUUUACCCAAACAAAAUAUCAUCGAGCUUUCCGAUCGUGACUGUCCCGGGACAAGUGGCCCUGGACGGGCAGAAGCUACAGCCUGCAGAGACUCAGGAAGAGGAAAAAACGGUGAGCGGGGCCGCCGCCGCCUCUACCCCGGCAGCGCGGAAGAGACCCGGGUGGUUGCCUGGUGGAGCUACGCUAGCACCGCUUCUUCCUCAGUUCCGCGCCGAGCCUUUCGCAGCUGCCGCCUCAGCCCGAAGGAGGAAGGGAGCCAGCCCACAUUGUCAGCACCACCGCUCGUCUCUGAAGCAUGCCUGAGCCUGAGUCCCAAGCCAAAUGUGUUGACUGUGAGGCCCUGGUCGAGAGCUGUUUUGCAGGAAAUCUCAGCUAUCCACGAGACUUUUAAAAGGCUCUCUAAAUACUUGAAUGUGAAAACCUUUGCAUCUUCUGAUAGUCUAGCCAAGGUCCAAGAAGUAGCAAGCUGGCUUUUGGAAAUGAAUCAGGAACUGCUCUCUGUGGGCAGCAAAAGACGACGAACUGGAGGCUCUCUGAGAGGGAAUGCUUCCUCAAGCCAGGUAGAUGAGGAGCAGAUGAAUCGCGUGGUGGAGGAGCAGCAGCAGCAGCAGCAGCAACUGAGCUAUCAAGAGGAGGAGCACACUGCACGGAAUGGUGAACUUGUGGGGGCAGACCCCAGGCCUGGAGACCAGAGUGAUUCCCAGCCAGGACACGUGGAGGAAAACAAUAACCGCUUUAUCUCAGUAGAUGAGGACUCUUCAGGAAACCAAGAAGAGCAAGAGGAAGAUGAAGAGCAUGCUGGGGAACAGGACGAGGAGGAGGAGGAAGAAGAGGAGGAGGAGAUGGACCAGGAGAGUGAUGAUUUUGAUCAGUCCGAUGAUAGUAGCAGAGAAGAUGAACAUACGCACAAUAGCAAUGUCACAAACUGUAGUAGUAUCGUGGACCUGCCCAUUCACCAGCUCUCUUCCCCAUUCUAUACAAAGACGACAAAAAUGAAAAGAAAGUUGGACCAUGGUUCUGAGGUCCGUUCCUUUUCUUUGGGAAAGAAACCAUGCAAAGUCUCAGAUUACACCAGUACCACUGGGCUUGUACCAUGUUCAGCAACACCAACGACGUUCGGGGACCUCAGAGCUGCCAAUGGGCAAGGGCAGCAGCGUCGCAGGAUCACAUCUGUCCAGCCGCCCACCGGCCUCCAGGAGUGGCUGAAGAUGUUUCAGAGCUGGAGUGGACCAGAGAAGCUGCUGGCUUUGGAUGAACUCAUCGAUAGCUGUGAGCCGACACAGGUGAAGCACAUGAUGCAGGUGAUAGAGCCCCAGUUCCAGCGAGACUUCAUUUCCUUGCUCCCCAAAGAGCUGGCACUCUAUGUACUUUCAUUCCUGGAACCCAAAGACCUGCUGCAAGCGGCUCAGACUUGUCGAUACUGGAGAAUUUUGGCUGAGGACAACCUUCUCUGGAGAGAAAAAUGUAAAGAAGAGGGAAUUGAUGAGCCAUUGCACAUCAAGAGAAGAAAAAUAAUAAAGCCAGGUUUUAUACACAGCCCGUGGAAGAGUGCAUACAUCAGACAGCACAGAAUUGACACCAACUGGAGACGAGGAGAACUCAAAUCUCCCAAGGUGCUGAAAGGACAUGAUGAUCAUGUCAUCACAUGCCUGCAGUUCUGUGGUAACCGCAUAGUUAGUGGUUCUGAUGACAACACUUUAAAAGUUUGGUCAGCAGUCACGGGCAAGUGCCUAAGAACGUUAGUGGGACACACGGGUGGAGUAUGGUCAUCACAGAUGAGAGACAAUAUCAUCAUCAGUGGAUCCACUGACCGGACCCUCAAAGUAUGGAACGCGGAGACCGGAGAGUGCAUACAUACUUUAUAUGGGCACACUUCCACUGUGCGGUGUAUGCAUCUGCAUGAGAAAAGAGUUGUUAGUGGUUCUCGAGAUGCCACUCUUAGGGUCUGGGAUAUUGAGACCGGCCAGUGUUUACACGUCUUGAUGGGUCACGUAGCUGCAGUCCGCUGUGUCCAGUAUGACGGCAGGAGGGUUGUCAGUGGAGCGUAUGACUUUAUGGUCAAGGUGUGGGAUCCAGAGACUGAGACCUGCCUGCACACGUUACAGGGGCACACUAACAGAGUCUACUCAUUGCAGUUUGAUGGCAUCCAUGUGGUGAGUGGGUCUCUCGAUACAUCAAUCCGAGUCUGGGAUGUGGAGACAGGGAACUGUAUUCACACGUUAACAGGACACCAGUCAUUGACAAGUGGAAUGGAACUCAAGGACAAUAUUCUUGUCUCUGGGAAUGCAGAUUCUACAGUGAAAAUCUGGGAUAUCAAAACAGGACAGUGUUUACAAACAUUGCAGGGUCCCAACAAGCAUCAGAGUGCCGUGACCUGUUUACAGUUCAACAAGAACUUCGUAAUUACCAGCUCAGAUGAUGGAACUGUAAAACUCUGGGACUUGAAAACGGGUGAAUUUAUUCGAAACCUAGUCACAUUGGAGAGUGGGGGGAGCGGGGGAGUUGUGUGGCGGAUCAGAGCCUCCAACACAAAGCUGGUGUGUGCGGUUGGCAGUCGGAAUGGGACUGAAGAAACCAAGCUCUUGGUGCUGGACUUCGAUGUGGACCUGAAAUGAAGAGCAGACAAGAUGAGUCUUGUCCAACUCUGUAGACAAUA